AUGGAGAUUCCAUCUAGUGAGUCUCAAGGUGGAUGUAACGUGCCCAUAAAACUUGGAAUGGAAUUUGAUUCAGAGGAGCAUGCAUAUGAAUAUUACAAUAAGGAUGUUGCUGCAGUUGGUUGUCGAGACAAAGAUAAACGAGAUCCGAUGAUCCAAAAACAUAGGAAGGAAACUAGGACGGGGUGCCUAGCUCAUAUUAUUAUUAGUCGUCAAUCAAAUGAAAAAUUUCACAUCACUUCAUUGGAAGAAAACCAUAAUCAUCCUCUUGUUCAUUCUUCUUUGGCUCAUAUGUUACCUUCACAAAGGAAGAUAAAAGUUGCUCAAGCAUAUGAAAUUGACUUAUUAGAUGAUUCCGGAAUAUGUCCUAAAGCUUCUUUUGAAUAUGCUGCUUGUCAAGUUGGGGGACAAUGUUUUCUUGGUUACACAAAGAGAGAUCACAUGAACUUUCUCCUGGACAAGAGAAAAGAUAAUUUGAAAUAUGGAGUGGCUCGUAGUUUGGUGGGCUAUUUUGAGAAAAGAACACUAGAAGAUCCUGCUUUUCGAUAUUCUUUAGAUCUAGAUGAUAAUGGUUUGAUAACUAAUGUAUUCUGGGCUGAUGGAAAGAUGAUAAGGGAUUUCAAGAUUUAUGGAGAUGUUGUGUCCUUUGAUACAACAUACAGAACAAAUAAAGAGUAUAGACCCUUGGCAUUGUUUGUUGGUUUAAAUAAUCAUAGGGAAAUGGUUAUAUUUGGUGCAGCUCUUUUAUACGAAGAAUCAACUAAAUCGUUUGAAUGGCUUUUUCAUGCAUUCUUUAGAAUUAUGUCUGCAAAUAAACCACAAACAUUCAUGACUGAUCAGGAUCCCGCCAUAGCUGCUGCUGUCUCAUUAGUAAUGCCACACACUUAUCAUCGCCUUUGUGUAUGGCACUUGGAAAAGAAUGCAUUUAAACAUCUUAAUCAUAUCUUUAGAGCUAAUGCAUCAUUUCCGAGAGAUUUUAGCAAAUUGCUUUAUGAUUAUGAGUAUGAGGAGGAUUUUUUAAGUGCAUGGCAGGAAAUGCUUGAGAAAUAUGACCUUGAGAGUAAUUGUUGGUUGAAGAAUACAUUUGCUAUAAGGGAGAAAUGGUCGAUGACAUAUGGCAGGAAUACAUUCUCAGGAGGUAUGCGAAGCACACAAUUAAGUGAAAGUUUUAAUGGAUCUUUGAGGGGUUAUUUGAAUUUAAACAUUUCCAGAGAUCAGUUGAUGAUAAGCGUGCCAAUGAAAAUAAGUCAUAUAACUGAGAAAUAUUAG